AUGCGCACUGCCAGAGCGGCUGAUGUAAGAACAACAAGAGCAGCUUUGCCUCUUCCUACCCCUGCCUAUUCCUUCCUCCUCACCGACCGAUACAAGACGCACGUAACCCACACGCUCGCUCAUACUCACUCCAAUCUCGUUCAUUCGGCUGACGUUCGAGCCUUGAUGUCACGCAACUACUUCCCCGCACCCCACCCCAACAGCCCAUCUACCGCGAACCUCCUUCCAGCAUCGGGUGCCCGCCAGCCCCCUCCGCCUCCUCCACCAGGCUCUGGAAACCCCUUCCGUGGACCACAACAGGCCCCAAAGCCUUCCGCAUACCCAAACCCAAACGCGGGGGGCAGGAAUGUUGGCGACGACGAUACUCGUUACCUCCUUUCAGCAUCGGAGAGUCGCACGGCCUCGAUUUCCGAAAAGUAUAACCUCGCACCGGACCCAACAACUUGGGGCUCCGCACUAGAUCUCUCGCGUCCCGAGCCAGACGAUGCCCUGCACGACCCGCGCCGCGGGAACAUUCGUUCAGGCUCGAUCUUCACUGGUCGUGGUCUCCAGAACGUAGGGUGCAUUGCAUUGCUAUGUGUGUGUAUUGUCGGGCUUUUCCUCGGAUAUCCUGUCGCCUACCAUGUCACGCAUCCACCGCAAAUCGACUUGCUGCACGUCAACUCGUCAGGCCAGAUGCCGAAUAUCGGAAAUUGGGGACUAAUUGACCUGGAUACGCCCAAGGCAUGGGAAAUGCAUAAGAUCUAUGGAUACAAUGAUCCCACGCAGCAGCUCCAGCUUGUUUUCAGUGACGAAUUUGAGACGGAGGGCAGGACCUUCUAUCCCGGCGAUGACCCUUAUUGGGAGGCACAGAAUCUGCACUACUGGUCUACCAACGAUCUGGAGUGGUACGACCCGAGGCAAAUCACAACGCGUGGUGGAGCGCUGGAGAUCAGGCUCGACGAGGUGGCCGAUCCUACGCAGAACCAUAACAUGAACUACAGCAGUGGGAUGAUGAGUACUUGGAACAAAUUCUGCUUCACAGGCGGUCUAAUCCUCGCAAGUGUGCAACUUCCGGGAAUCAACAAUGUGUUUGGGCUGUGGCCUGCUGUGUGGACGAUGGGCAACCUGGGUCGCGCGGGUUAUGGUGCAACGUUGGAAGGGCUGUGGCCAUACAGUUACGACUCCUGCGACGUAGGCACGCUGCCGAACCAGACUUACAUGGGCGGGCCGGCUGCAGCACUCGACUCUGGUUCCCCCGACGUCAAUGGAGUGCUUUCCUAUCUGCCAGGCCAGCGGUUAUCUCGAUGCACAUGCAAAGGAGAAUCCCAUCCCGGUCCUAUACACGCCGAUGGCUCUUAUGUGGGCCGCUCAGCGCCUGAGAUCGACAUGUUUGAGGCACAGAUUGGCGGACCUGAUUCAGCACAUGUCGGCCAGGUCUCUCAGUCAGCGCAGUGGGCGCCAUUUGACGCUUCGUACCAAUGGUCCAAUACUAGUGCGAACAUGAUCAUCCCGGAUACCACACUCUCAUCGCAGAACACGUAUUCGGGUGGGAUAUACCAGCAGGCAGCGUCAGUCCUGACGACGACGAAUCAGAGCUGCUAUCAGCUACUCGACAACUGUUUUGCAUUGCAUGGCUUCCAGUACAAACCCGGAUAUGCAGACGGGUAUGUCACUUGGAUCACCAAUUCGAAGGUUUCCUGGACAUUCAAUGGGAACGGCGUCGGUGCUGACACUGCGACGGAGAUUUCCGCGCGCCCUGUGACCAGCGAGCCGAUGUACAUCCUUGUCAACCUUGCCAUCUCGCACUCUUUCUCGUGGAUUGACUUUGCGAAGCUGGUGUUCCCUGCCAUCAUGCGGGUCGACUACAUACGGGUUUACCAGCCAUCGGACGCCAUCAACAUCGGGUGUGACCCGCCUGAGCGACCGACACAGGCAUACAUCAACACAUACAUCGAGGCGUAUACGAACCCGAACAUCACGACAUGGGUCGAUGGUUAUGGGCAGACCGUUCCCAAGAAUAACAUGACGUCGAAAUGUUGAGCGGCUGUCCAUGUGUUUGAUACCAGAUAGUGUAUUGUGUAGCUCACUUCCUUCAUGUUGUGGUUUGACUGUUCGGACUAACUAUUGUUUUUGUUCAUGUAGUCAAGUCUUUGGUGUUUUUGUAGUUCCAUAUCAAAGUGGGA